AUGAAAAGAAAAAUAGAACCUGAUAAGGAUGAUGAUGAGCAAAGGCGAAAACAGUCCUUACGGGAAAGAACAGUGGGUUUUAAUGUCCAGGAUAGUGGUUUAACUACUCAAGAUGAUGGUUUUCCACAAGGACUUUUGACUUUUACUUGGGCAGAUAAAAACAGCAGUGAGAUUAAACUGCCUUCCUAUGAAAAUAAAGAACUUGAGGCAAGAUUUGAGGAGGUUUAUAAAGUUUUCCAAACAUCUUUCCAUGAAAGUAUAGUCAAAAUGAAUUCAUGCCUAAAAAGUUACGGUGUGAAAAUCUGCAAGACAAAACUAACUGACAAUAAUGGUAUCAAGCCCCACUAUUUGAACAGUCGUUACAUCUGCAAUCUUUUGAACUCACCCAAUGCAAAAGUUGUUUCAAUGCAUUCCAAUGCUUACGCCUCAGUUAGUAUCAAUCACAAGGAUUCUUAUAUUCAUGAGACCACCUACUUCUUUCUCAAAUCUACCAAGACACCUGUGCCCAACCCAACAGGAUUGCAAGUACAAAACCAAAAUAGCCCAAGGAAGGUGGCAAUUAAAAGAGAAGCAGGGGAAAAGAAAGCAAAAAAAGAUAGACAUAAGCUUGGAACGAAACUAGAUGAAAUGAUUGUUAAUCUGCUAAAAGAAGAAGUUCAAUCUAUGUAUGAUAAGAAGUGGAGGCAAUUUCUUAUCAAGAACAGUAAUACCGCGAGUAGUAGCAGUGGUGAAAGUUCUUUGUUAAAACGAUUUGGCGCAACAUUAUCCAAGAAACAGCUUCCUACUGGAGUAGUGUCACUUGUAAAACAAAAAAUUGAGCUUAUGCUACAUAACAAUGAAGUUGAAGGUAUGUCUGGAGGCGAUAUACCAAAAUCGGCCAAGUGGCUAUACAACAAGAUUCAACAUUUUAAAGAGCAAAAUUUGAUCAAUAUUCAUUAUUUGGCCAAUGAUUUCUUGGAAAGAGUUGAACACAACACCAAUAAUAAUGUUAAUAAUCAAUCAUCCAGCAGAAAUAUCAGUGAUCAAGAAAGCACUGAAGAAAAAGUAAUGAUCAAAGCAGCCAAUACUGAAGAAGAAAAGAAAAAAAAAGACACGGGUUACAGAACAGUGGGAAAAACACUCAAGUCAGUAAUCAAUAGUAAAUUCGACUAUGACAUUCUAAGUGAAAGGCUCGAUAUGUUACAAACAACAUGCAGAAAAUCAAUAGCAGGUCUUUCUAAAGCUAUUGAAACGCUGAUUGAAAUUUUGUUUUCUGGAAAAGUUGGACAAGACAAUUCGGCCACUACCUAUGAUAUUUUUAAAUUGGAUGACAUUGAUUUUAAUAAUCAAAACAUUGGAAAAGGUGAACAAGAUAUUGCUCUUUUGUCAAAUAUAACUUUAAAAUCACUGGAAGAAGCAGAUUUGUUUUCAUAUGCCGGUUUUUGGACAAUAAUGUCAAAAUAUGCAAUCAAUGCCAAUAUGAAUGAGGCCGAUGCUUUCAAUUUCACUACUACACCUGCUCUUGCUAGCGCUUGUAAACAAUUCCACACAAAUUUUGAGAACAUGUGGUCAAACGAAUUCUACAAGCAAGAUCUAAGAGUGGUGGUGACUUUGCUGCUUAGAAUAAAUCUUGCAAAGAAGCGGUUUUUCGGCUCUAGAAAAAAGCACAAUAGGGAUACUAAAAAAGUCUCAAAGGCUAAAGGAACCAAGUUGAGCAAGGGGCUUUUAAAACAAAAAAUGGAGACUCUCUUUGAAGUGCUUAUAAAGUAUCAAAGGGGUAAAGACAGAAAACUUCCGUGCAUAACGAGAUUCAUCAAGGCCAUUUUUGAUUCGACAUAUUACGUUAUUAACAAAACCACUGGCAGCGAUUUGGAAGAUGAAGUAGACAAUCGUGUUAGCGUGGAUGAAGAUAAGGAUGGUGAUGGGUUUGAUAGUAAUGCUGAUGAGGAGGACUUAGUCGCUGGUGCUGAAAUGAUGACAGUCCCUCAAGAAGUUGUUGAAAGGGAUUUAUCAUCGAAGGAAAUUAAUGCUCUUGUCUCCGUUGUAAUGAUGCUCAGUGGUUCUGAAACCAUAAACGGUAAUGUAAAUCCUAACUACGUGAAAAAUCAAUUGUACAAGGACAAACAGGAAUCAAUACCUGAAGAAGCAUUGUCGCUAUGUGCAGCUAUUAUAAAUACUCUUCGCCGUAUCACCUUAAAACGAGAUGAAGAUGCAUCAUUUUUAUCAUGUUACAAGAUACGUCAUCUUCGUAAUGUACUUGUUCGUUUUUCGGGCAACAAAACCAAGUUUCGUGAAGUGCGAAUGUCCCCGUCAAAAGAUCAUAACCAGAAUCUCUCUGUUACUGUCAACUCUAUAACACUGUACCUGUUGUUUUGUAAAGAGUAUAACAUGUUUGAUGAACAGGAUGCGAUUUUCACGUCUUAUGCCGAUUUGGAAAGUGAUGAAGCUAAAAGUUCGCUCUUUGAAAACUUUUUUGAUUGGGGUGCUAUAAAUCGCAUUCUUCGAGAGCAAAACCUGAAGCCCAGAUAUUCGUUCAAUUACACAAACCAAUAUGACCUGAAGUUUCUUGGUGAAAAAGUUCAAAAGAAAGAAACGGAAACAAAAAGUAGACAUGAUGAGAUGCCCGAGGACCAAACGGAGGAUCAAAAAUCUGAACUCUUCAAGAAUAAAAACGAUAUUGUGUCAGAGAUUAAUGAUCUAUACGGACACAUGAAAUCCGAAAAAAAAGAGUACGCAGAGUUAUCUAAACAACUUCAACCAGAAGAGUCAAAAAGAAUGGAUUUAGGAAGAUAUUUUCGUGCUCAAGAACGACAUAAGGUCUGGGAUGAUUACCUUUACCAAGACUUAAAAAAACAACGAUUGGUGUGCAAUAACAUCUACAAGCGAAUGAAACGAUUAAAUUCUUCGAUUAAAGCCAGCGGACAGAAAUUGUAUACUUUAAACAAAAUGUUACACAGUCAAUCUAUUUCCGUAAAGCCCAAAUCACGAUUAGUAGUUUCAAACGAGCUGAGAGAAAGACUAAAGAAGGAUAGAGUGCUCGUACAAGGAAUAGAUCCCGGUAUUGUAACAACAGCCUCGAUCAAUUGUGUAAAAGCAGGUACUCUCUUCGAAUCGAUAAAUAGAUUUUAUAUGCUUGAAAAUGAAGUGUCAGAUAUCCAACACAGCCAAGUUUGUGAUUAUUCAUACGUACAUACCGCAAGCAAGGUGAAUGCAGCUGCUUUAGCUACAAAUCAUAGAAUAAAAAGAGAGAAAAGACAAAAAGAGGGAAAGACGGAAAAACCAAUUUCUCUGGAGAGGAAACGUGUGACAAGAAAGAUAAGGACUAAGCGUUAUCAUAAGAAGAAUUGCAGCAGAUACAGAUCUGGCAUGUUUAAAAGCCAUGUAUUAGAUGUAAGAGAAGGCUCAGUACUGACUUUUGUGGGGGAUUGGUCUAGAAAUGGGACAUACAUUCGAGGACAUGCACGAAGAAGCUUAGAUCCAGUUUUGAAAAGGCUUAAAUGUGUUGAAAAAGACGAAACAUUUAUUGUAGAUGAGUACAAGUCAACAGUUAACUGUAGUUCUUGCUUUGAGCCUACAACAAAACAAAUAAUACGGGUAGGAGACCAUGGAAGAAAAAGGAUUAAAGGUGCCGUGACCUGCACAAACGAGAUCUGUCCCAGAAGAUUGUCCUCUCGUUCUUCCACAAUUAAUAGAGACCAAAACGGCGCCAUGAAUAUUGCUUUGAUUGGUUUCUGUCAUCUUGUUUCUGAAGACGGCCUAACUUUGCCACCGUUCCGAAGAAGCAAUAAUAAUUCAAACAAGUUUCACUUGUCGAAAAACUUCCAGCGCACCAGUCUGGCGACGUUGCGGUCUUCGGGUGUUCCCGACAACUAA